CGCGGCCAUCGAAUUUCCACCCCUCCCCUUUACCCUUGUUGUCAUCGCGCACUGGUUGUUGUCACCUUUUCAAAGCGAGCGGGAGGCGGGCUCUGGGGGGGAGGGGGACAGCGUUGCCCUGGGUAACCCGGGAUGUGACGCAGCGUGAGGUCGGCGCGCGCGAGGCAGGCUGGGUAUUUAAGGGCCUGGCUGAGCGCGCUCCGGUCAUGUGUCCGCCGAGAGGACGCGAGGGAGGGGGCGGUGUCAGUGGCGGCGGGCUGUGGGAGCGGAGAGUCCCGUGGGAGCGCUUGGCUGGCCGCUGGCUGCAGCCGAGGACUCUGCUCGUGGCCGCGCUCUUCGCCCUCGGCGCCUCCGCCGUCUUUUGCUUCCCGCUGCUGUCCGCCUGCGCGCUGUGUGUGAGCGGCUGCUGGGUGUACCGGAGCUCCGGCAGGCGGUUACUGGUCCUCGCCGGCCUCAGGCCUCCCCUGGGCCCAGUGCAGGCUCGCCCUAAACGGCAGAGGCCGUACCCGGCCCGCAGGCUCAGGGAUCCGCACUCCUUCAGGUGGAGCCCCGCCGACCUCCUGCUCCUCAUGGGGAGCUACCUGGGCAAGCAGGACCCCCCGGCCAGGGGCCAGGUCAGAGGGCCCCGGGACAUCAAGGAAAGGCUGGCCAGACCCAACCCGGAGGUGGCCACACCGGCCAGGCGGCUCUCCUUCAGGUGAGGUUACCGGGCCAUGCAGUCUGACUGGCAGGGCUGGCAUUCAGUAAAGCUCUGUCUGAUGUGGGCAGACCCACGUGUUAAUAUUCUAAUAUCCUGCUCCCUCAGGAUUCUAUUUAGAAGUUUACAGUACGAUUAUUCUUACUAUUUCUAAAAACAAAACAAAUCCUCUAAACUAUAAUGGCUGUUAAUUUUGCUUCUUAAUGGAUGGGUGGACAAAAAGUGCAAGAUUUCCUGCCUGUUGUAGAACUGAAAACCUCAGGUUGCAGGUAAGCUGUUGUUUAGAUGAAACCAAGAGGGCCGCACUCCACCUUUGACAUGCAUACAUUAUAUGGUGUUGCUGGGGCAAAUUAUAUACAAAAUACCUAAUCCAGCACACUCGCAUAUUCACUAAACUACUAUUAUUAUUAUAUUUAUAGAGCGCCGUCAAGUUCCGCAGCGCUUUACAAUGAUUUCAAAUCUCAGAUUUAAAUAGGUUUAUUUAAAAACACUAGGCAAGAAAAUGAGGGUUUAGUUACAUUACAUGAUCAUAUAAUGUAACUAAACCCCUAUUUUUUUUGCCUAGAUGAGGUGUUUUUAAAUAAAACUAUUAGUCAUUGAGAUUUGAAGUCAUUGUUUAGUGAAUAAGCGAGUGCGCUGAAUUGUGUAUUUUGUAAGCUGCAGUUUAGAACCAUGGUUCCCAAACGAGUCUUAAUGGCCCACCAGCUAUGCAGGAUUAAUGUUUUGUGUGUAUAUAUGUAUAUAUUUUUUUUUUCAUUCUCUAUCAAUGGAGAUAUGGAUAAAACCUGGACUGUUCAUGGAUCGUGAGUACUGGUUUUGAGCAUGUAGUAGCUGUGUGUAUGUAUCAUGGUGCUAUGCACCGUUUUUCUGAGUACACUAGGUGAAGUAGCUCCCAUGUUGUCAAGCAAAAAACUGAGAUUGACAGGUCUGCUUUAAAGGGUAACUCUAGGGAUCAAAACCACUGCAGCAGUGGUAGACCACGUUUGGAACUACAGAUGUGGGCUAAAUCUUUCAUAAUACUGGCAUACGUAUCGAGGUAGAUGUAGUCCACAACAUCUGGAGUCCUGCAAGUUGGUUAGCUCUGCACUACAGAAUGCUCUAGAGCCUGAUGUAAUGUGGCCCUGAGGCAAAUCUGCCAAUAUUUUCAGUCUAUUCUGUGGUUUGGCACAACCUCGGGCACACUGGUUGCCACUUCUACCUCAGUGACAGAUGGAAACUCCGCUUUAAACAAAGCCCAGGGUUUAGCUUAUUGGCUGAGAGCAAUAAACAAUGGUCUGUUCCAUUAGUGUAGGGAUUGACUGAGGUAAGUUAAACUGGUGGCAAAUGGUUUGACUAUGUACACUUUAGGUUGGGAGCUCUUGACACCAUAACCACAGGAGCAUGCUGCAGUGGUUGUGUGGAGUUUUCCUUUAAGCUGGAUUGACAAAAUGGACAUUCUUACUACUUUAUUAACAUACUUACCUGUUUUAAGCAGUAUUGAUUGACUGAGAGCUUUCGCACUUUGCCACUCAAUGUUCAAAUCUGACAUGAAUUGGUAUGAAUGCUGUCAGAUCAGGACAGGAGAUGUCACAGCAAAGUGUCAAACUAUUUGUAAAUGAUUUGACAUUACUGGUGGACAUGUCCUUGGGUAGGUCUGCUCCCUGGAGGCCCUUUUAAAGGAAAACUCUAAGCACCUUAAUUACUACAGUGCACUGUAGUGAUUGAUACCCUGGUGCAUACUAUACUAGAAGUACUCAAGCCAUUUUCUUUUAUUUUUGAACAAUUGUUACCAGAGGUCUGCUUUGGACCAAUCCGCAGCCUUCCCUACCUCACCCAGGGAGCCUGACUUAGCUCCGGUAAAGAGCUUCUGACCUUUCAAGACCAAUGUAGUGGAGGCAGGGAACAGCACCUGGAAGAUCCCAAUUAAGAAGUUCAGUUCUUAAACUAUUUGUUUAUGUGGGGGCACCAUUGAAUGUCUUACACCAUAACCACUACAGUCAGUUGUAAUGCUAUGAUGCUUGAAGUGUUCCUUUAAACCAGUGGUUCUCAACCUGGGGGUCAAACGACCGUUUCACAGGGGUCACCUAAGACCAUCGGAAAACGCAUAUUUCCAAUGGUCUUAGGAAUCGAGACACCGCUCCUCUGUACUAUAGGGCAGUGAUGGUGAACCUAUGGCACUAAAGCGUUCCUCAGAAUGGCAUAAUAAUAGCAACCCAGAGAAUAACCAGAAUUUAGCUAGUUUUGGUGCAUAGGUCCGAAGUGCCCAUAGAUGCACCUACCAAUACUGUAACAAAUCUAUGCUCAAGAUCGUAUAGCACUGACUAAGAGUUAAAAAUUAUGUGCCAAUAGAUUUGACUUUAUACUGGGAUAUUUCAUUUUAAAGUUUAAACCAUCUCAAAAAAUGUUAUGGCUGUGUUCCUUCACAUUUUGAUAGGUGCUAUUUUGUACUUUGGUUACAAAUGUUACUGUAAGUGAUGAACAUGCUUCAUUCCUUUGAUACAUUGUCUCCACUUGACUAGUUCAGUAGCGUUACUGCAACUUUGUACCUCAUUUGUUUAUCAGCUUUCUACCUAGCCUAUCUGUGGGAACAUUUGAAUAGUUACACCACCAGACACCACAGCUUAUCCUAGGUUAUACUUUAUACUAGCUGUCUUUUCCUUGUUUGUAGGAAACUCCCUAGCCGAGACAAAUUACUAGAGGUUCACUGUAAAUAUUGUGUAUAUAUUUUUCCUUAUCUCCUUUAUUCAGCCACAUAGCCAUUAUUCAUAUAAUGUAACUAAAUCCCCAUUAUUUUUUGCCUAGAUUAGGUGGUUUUUAAAAAGGUUAAAAAACCUUUAGAAAAAAACUUUUUAAAGAAACUAAUAAAAUCUGUCAACAUUGAAGUUGCUGUUUAGUAGAUAGUGCGCUGGAUCUUGUGUAUUGUUUAUUGUACCAGGUGCACUCUUAAGAUCUGUAAUGCAAAUGAGUAGCUUCCUGGUUGCUCCACUCAUUGGUUUGUGAAGAAUCAUUGACUUCUGCAGUGUGCAUCUGAUCAGUGAACGCUUCUGGAAGAAAUUGCAGGAGGUCACGUGAGGGAUUUUCUGUCCUAAAUCACUAAGCGGAUUGUUUUGCAAAUAACAUGGCUUGUUGUGGGACUUGGAUUGUCGUUUUCAACAUUAUCAUUCAGCUAAUUAAUGCUGUCAGUUGCACUGUUUAUGUAUCUUUUUAACUUUCCCUUUUCUAUUUUAGGGAAACGCCGGUGCAUAAUCGUGCUUACAUGAGUCCGCGGCGACAUUAUCCAACUCACCAGCCUCAAUAUAGCAUGACUGGCUCACUUCCUAUGGUAUUUAUGGAUGGACAUCAAGAAAAGACUGUUGUGUCACCUAAAAAAUAUAUGCUGCGUAGCCCUGUUACUGUACGAAUACCACCUGCAGACAAAAGCACUGCGUACUCUUUGUAAGUGUUGGUGGACUUUUUUGCUCACAACUGUUUCAUACAAGAAAUAAUGUGCAUCACUUCACUGUAUAAUUUCUUGUUCCAGCCUUGAUAACGUGCCUCCUCGGUGUCCAGUCUCUCCUACUCGCUGCGCUCCAGAUCCUUGUGCAAAGGAGACUGUGUUGAGUGCCAUCAAAGAGUCUCGAAAAAGGCUAAACAAAGAUGAAGAGAAUGCUUUAUUUGGAGACUUGGAUAGUAAGAGGAGGUUAGUUUUUGUUCCCUCUAUGAACUAGCUUCUUGUAUGUUUAGGUUUCAACUGAUGUAUUGUCUAAGUCAGGGCUCAAGAUUUCCAAUGGCUUGCAAGUAGAAAUUUAAUAGAUUUAGACCAGAGUACACCAACAUCUGUAAAGACCCUGUCAUCCAAAAAAGAUGCAUUAUGUAAAAGUAAACUGAAAGUGUUCUCUCUUUGAGACUGUCUUUAUAGUUUCAUUAGUUGGAGAAUAUUUGGCUUAGACCCUGGCAAAAGUCUUGUUUGAUGGAAAUUAUAUGUAGCACCUCUGCUUUCACAGUAAUAUUGGCUUUAUAAUGUGUAAUCUAUAUAUUAAGAUUUUUUUUUUAAUCUACUCGAUGCAUACUUACAAAAACAUUAUAUUCAAGGAUAUAAUCUUUCAAUGGGUAGGGUAAUAACUGCUUGAUCCAAGGAUAAAUCUGACUGCCAUUCUGGGGUCAAGAAGGAUUUUCUUUUCCUAGCUUUUUGCAAAAUUGUGCUUCAGAUUGUUUAGUGUUUUUUUUUUUUUUUUUUUUUUUUUGCCUUCUUUUGGAUCAACAGCAAAAACAAAUUUGAGGAAGGCUGAACUUGAUGGAUGCAAGUCUCUUUUCAGCUAUGUAACUAUGUAAUCUAUCUAUUCAGGAGAUAUGGAAGUGGUCCGCCACUUGAACCACCUGUAGCCAACGGACUGCUCUCUUCAUUUGCUGCAAAGUAAGUAAUGAGUUCUGUAGCCCUGGGAUUUACUGCUCAAUUGUACAGCAUGCAAGUCUUGUCAUGGCUCAAGCUUCUAAAUUCCUUUUAAUACAGCUUUCAAAAUCUCUAGUCUGCCUGUCAAAUUAAACUUACUCAUUGUGUCAGCACAGUGUAACUUAAAGGCUUAUAACUAAACAUUGUAAUCACUUUACAAUUGGCCUUCAUGCUGUAAGCGAUAUUCUCCCUAUAUUUACAGUUAUUGCUAGAGGGGAAAUGUAAGCUCUACAAUACUGUAGUGGCUAUGUCAACAGUCCCCUAGUGAUAUUCCCCAGCAAGGACUAAAAUGGUUUGACACUCCUGGCACCAGUUGUCCUCCUGGUCUUCUGCUUUAGCAGUAUUGCACACUGUAUCAUUCACUGUCUGAAAGUGCCAGUUCUGAGCACUUGGUGGCUGUCUUAGUGGUCACAAGCUGAGUGCAUUUGAGAUUAAAGGGACAUGCAUCACUUAAAGGGACACUAUAGUCGCCAGAACUACAGCUUAUUGAAUUUGUUCUGGUGUGUAGAAUCAAUACCGUCAGGCUUUUUGCUGUAAACACUUUUUUUUCAGUGAAAAUGCUGCGUUUACAUUACAGCCUAGUGAUAACUUCACUGGCCACUCAUCAGCUGUUAGAGAUGCUUCCUGGGUCAUGGCUGACUAAAAUGCAUCCAAACAUUCAGUGUCUCCUCCCUCUGCAUGCAGACACUGAACUUUCCUCAUAGAUUCAUUGAUUCAAUUCAUCUCUGAGGAGAUGCUGAUUGGCCAGGGCUGUGUUUGAAUAAUGCUGGUUCUGCCCCAGAUCUGCCUCUGUCAGUCUCAGCCAAUCCUAUGCGGAAGCACUGUGAUUGGAUCAGGCUACCACUUCUGUUGUCAGCAGACUGCUGUUUUUUUUGAGGCAAACAGCAUGCAGAUCUACAGCUUCUGGCUUGAAUACAGUAAGAUGUUGUUAUAUUUAUGGAGGCAUGAGGGGCCCAGGGGGGCUAGAUGGUGGUUACACCAUAGGGUCAGGAAUACAUGUGUGUUCCUGGCCCUCUAGUGAUCCUUUAAAGACCACUGUUUCAUUCAAAUGUUUGAUAGUUGCCUCACUCUGCAGGCUGAGAAAAAUCAGUAAAUAUGGAAAAAAGCUUACUACUUUUUCCUUAUGCCUUUCACACCUAUUUCAGUGGGAGCUGAACUAGCCAUUCAGUGUCCUAUCCUAGGAUUUGGAAAACGUGUAUUGGGCAUGCCUGACAGAUUUACACAUGUGCCCUUAGAGCUUUAUCUUGCAACCUCCUGACUGUCAGAAUAGCGGUGUGUGUGUGUGAUCAUGCAGAGCAGGCUCUGGGGUCUGGUUUCUCUCAUUAUGCUACAAUGAUGCCCGGUUUCUGUCCUUAUUGGACUGUUCUGAAACUAAGCUUUGUGGGUAAGCGUAAGCCUAAAGGAACUCGCCAAGCCGAGAAUUGUGUAUCCACAAAUGCAUCCUGACAAAGUUCAUAAAUGUUAAUUACAUAGAUUUUCUUGCUUUAUCUUGGUUUGUAUAUUUACCGUAUAUAUCGGAGUAUAAGCAGAGGUUUUUCAGCACACUUUUUGUGCUGAAAACCCCCCUCUGCUUAUACUCGAGUCAAUGUCUGUAUUAUGGCAACUUGCAUUGUCCUGUUGGGGGCUGGCAGCAAGCUGUUACUCACCUCCCUUCUCUGUCAGCUCCGUUCUGCUCCCAGUGUAAAUCUCGCAAAACACCUGCAGCCAUCAGAGCAUUGCCGCAGGUUACUGUGGCAACGCUCCGCAUGGCACACAGACCGCGAGGUUUACACUGGGAGCAGAACGGAGCUGACUGGAACUGCACGGAGGAGAAGGUAGCUGACAGGAGCUGCAGGAAGGUAAGUAACUGCUCACUGCCAGCCCCCCCAACUGCACAUCCCAUCCACUGGACCACCAGGGAUUCACAUAGCCUCCCUCCCUGGCCAGGCAACAAGCAGGGAGGGGGGACAAAAAUAAAAUUAAAAUACAAUUAUUAAAAUAAAAUAGUGCCCUCUCCUCACCCAGUUUACACACUGCAUUAUAUAUACACACUGCAUUAUAUAUACACACUGCAUUAUAUAUACACACUGCAUUAUAUAUACACACUGCAUUAUAUAAUUCAAUUAAUGUAAUUUUAUUUAGAAAUUUACCUGUAGCUGCUGAAUUUCCCACCCUUGGCUUAUACUAGAGUCAGUAAGUUUUCCCACUUUUUUUUUGUGGUAAAAUUAGGGGCCUCUAAUAUUCGGGUCGACUUAUACUCUAGUAUAUACACUGUAAAUGUGUAUGGCUUAAUGUGUUGCAUGUUCCUCUAACAGAAUAACCAGCAAAACUGUAGCACCUGCAGGGAAAAAAGGCUGCAUCUUCUGUAUUUCAUUUAAAAAAAAAAUCUACUUGCAUAAUUUCUUUACUUUUUUUUUUUUUCUUAACACUCACUCCUUUAGGGAUAUACCUGACCGUGCUUAUGUGAAUCGGCGUUACCCAAUUCACCAACCACAGUAUAGUAAGGUUGGAUCCCUUCCUUUGGUGUCUUUGGAUGGAUAUCAAAAGAAGCCUGUUCUGUCACCUAAAAAUGCAUACCGACCUGGUAUUGUAAGAAUACCCCCUCCAGACAAAAACAUUGCUAACGUGUGAGUAAUUUUGUCAGGUAUUUCUUUGAUUAUGAUUUAAUAUAUAAAUAUUGCAGCUUCCUUUCUUAUGUAGUUGUGGUAUUCAUUUUUUUUUUUUUUUUUUCAGGAUCAAAAACAUGCAUUGUAGUUCAAUGUCUCUGCCUCACAGAUCUCCAGAUCCUUGUGCAAAGGAAACUGUACUGAAUGCCCUGAAAGAGUGCCGGAAAAGACUAAACAAAGAUGACGACUGUACUAUAGUUGGUGAUCUUGAUAACAAGAGGAGGUUGGUUCUUUCUUGCACUGGACUGACUUCUUUGAAGUUUCUGUAUUGAUUAAUGCAGCCCUCAAACAAGUGAUAGGAAAUACAUCAAAUCUUCAGAUGUUGUGGACUAAAUCUUCCCUAAAGCUUUGUCAGCAUUAUGGGAGAUGAAGUUCACAACGAUACAGCUUUGGGGGAGAAGGUUAAUUAAAGAUUCUGCAUAUCCAAAACCUGGAAAUGUAUUGUAUUUUAAAGUAACCUUUUAUAAUUGCCAUUUUAUUUUGUCAGGAGACAUGGAGGUGAUCCAACUUCUGAACCACCUGAAGCCAAUGGACUCCAGGCUACUUCUGUUUUCAAGUAGGUAUUGAUACGGAUAUAAAGUUACCCGUAGAUAUGUUCAGGUUAAACCAAAUUAUGUUCGAGCCGCUCUGUGUAGCAAUCAAAUCAGACCAGGCACUUUGUGAUUCAAAGAUUACUUCCUCUUUUAUUGCAAGAGCUUUCAGACUAUGUAGUACUUUGUAAAACAGCAUUGUGACUUGCGCAACAAAAACAUGCUUGAAGUCACUGUGUACCAUAAAAUUGAUUUACAGAACUAGGCAUAUUUCAAGAGUAUCUCAAAGGUUUCUAUUCCAAUUACCACCACCAGGCUACCAAUAGAUGGGCCUAUCUUUAGAUUACUCAGCAAUCUACUCUAUGAAUCCCCACUGGCACACCACAACAAACUUUCAUCUCAGACACUAUCCAUUACGUAUUAAAUUCCAAGCGUGUGUGUAUGUAUGCGUGUAUAAUUUAGGAUAUAAGAAGUGGGGCUGGGGCUGAAGCUGCAAUAGUCUCCUCAGAAACCACAAUGUCACAAGUCAUGAAUUUAUGCUUACUUGUCAGACACUGAAACUAGACUAAAAGUUCAAAGCAUAACGAAGUAAAAACAGACUGGACAUCAGCUCAUUUGUAGCUUGAGCCUGGGGUCAAGGUGCCUUCCAUCACAGUAUCUGUUUGCAUCUGCUGUGAAACGUAGUGCUCAAUUGUAGAGCACAUGGGCUUUAGGAUGUACUUGUUUCUAUCUUUGGGUUUUGACUGUUGCUGUUUGAUCUUCACACAAAUUAAUGGAAACUUGGCAUUGAACUUCUUGGUUCAAGUCCUACUUGGUCAAAAGUAACACCGUAUAAGGAUACUGGUUAUGGCUUGUAUCAUACCUGAUUUAUUGGACAAUGAUAAAAUAUUAAGUUGUAAAGCUGUAACUUUAAUCUCUUGCAUAAUAAAGAGAUUUUCAAAAAUAAGUCUUACUUGGUCAAAAAUCACUCAUUCUGGUAUGCACCAACUUCUAUUUCUGUGGCGCAGAUGCAUUAUUGUAACAGCCAUGAAAGACUCUGUACUAGGCAUGAACAUUUCAAUAAUCUGCCCUAGUACCCCUGUUUAAAAACGAAUUGAAAGGGGUUCUAUGCUGGAUGAAUAAAUGUUGGUUAUACUUUGUUCUGAUUGGUUGUACUGACACUAAACUUAUGUGCAAGUAAAAACAAAAGGCUGGUGGGGCUACCUUAUAACAGUUUUAGCUCUACUGCGUCAUUUAUCAUGUACAAAUGAGCACAGUGACUACAUUAUCUGUAAUGACUUUGCUGUGUCAAAAAAAAUUGUUUUAUAGAAACACGACUCUUGUCUUGCCAGGUCAGACAACCUGAAGAGAGGACAGAGUAUGCAGAGUUUUGAUGAAGAUCCCAGUAAACGUUCCCGGACGUCUUCAAGCAGUUCUGUGACCAGCAAUACAAUGAACGGCAUUCAGCUGUCUGCGCAUAAUGCCAUCACAAGUUCCUACAGUUCCAGCAAAAAGCUGUUGAAGGUAAGUUGACUGAGAAACUCAUGUAGAUGGGCUUUCAUAAUUUUCUAAGAUUAUACCUUAUAAAAGACAUGAACACCUGUAUGAUCACUUUUCCAAACCCUGCUUAAGACUAAAUUAAAAUUAUAGUCGUACUAUAGUGACCUUUAAAAGGUGCAGUCUAAGCACAAACCCUAGACAUGUCUUUUGUAGUGCUUAUAGUGAUGGUAGACUGUAUUUUCUGUCUGUUUCUAGGCCAUUUUUUGUCUUUUAAUUGUUUUAUCAAAUCAGGGUGUUCCUGAAUUUUUUACAUGACCCUCAGGUCUUGGUUAAACCAUAUUUAAAAAUAAAAGCUUUCAAAUCUCUUGCCUAGAACAAAAGCAUGGUUCCUGCAGCCUAUUGGCAUCACAGCCACGACAAGGGCAUGUCUGAUGCUUAGACUGCCCCUUGUAAACUGUAAAAGGUGUGUAUUACAAACAUUAUGAUUUAUUUUUGGUGUCUCUUAACCUUUCAGGAAAGGAUGGCUUUACUGAAUAAAUCUGCAUCCAGUUCUUCUUCCAGAUGCCAGACGCCAGAGUGGCCCAUUAAGAAGGGAAGGUAUGAAACCAAAUGUUUCAGAAUAUAUUAUCAAAUGCACUCAAUUCUGGUAUACAGUAGUUAUUCAAUAACCUAAUACACAAUUACAUUUUUGUCCUAGUUCUGUUAAUGAAUACACUUUUUUUUGCGCAAUGUCUUUAGCAAUAACACUUAGUAAUGUAGGCCAAUUUUUUGCUGAUAACCAUUAUUUGAAAAUGUUAUAAAUGACUAGUAUUGCAGACAAACUAACAACUUAAUGAGUUCACUUAUUCCUCUCACACCUUUUUUAUUUCCAGGCAAGAUCUGCAUACCAAAAGCCCAGUAACUCCACUAAAAUCCAACAGCAGGUUGAACUCAUCUGGACAAUGUAAGUCUGCUUUUGCACUUUACAGCUUGGAAGAGCUGCUAUUUUCCUCUAUGGAUUCGCAGCUCUGUAUUUUGCUUACAUUGUGCACAUUGAGAUCAAGGUAGUACCACGCAGGACCACAAUGCAUGUACUAAUGGCAAAGUAGGGGGCUAUCCUGUCCUUUUUAUGCUUUUGAUUUUUUUUCAUUACUAGAUAAAUGGUACUUUUACCAUUGGAUGUGAGCCCUGGAUGUAGAGGGCAAACCUGGAAUUAAUGUCCUAAAAUGAAAGUCUUAGUGGAAGAAAUAUUUCAGAAAAGUACCUAGUCAAACCUUUCCCAGUGUCAGUGGUCACUGAAAGACCUCUUAUUCCCAAGAAUAGUUACGGUCUAUAAAUACAAUCAUAGCAGAAAGUUCAGUGUCUUAGAACUGUGUAACUUAUGUCAGCCACUGGCUCCAAUUAGUCUGCACAGCCUGGCUCACUGUUCUGUGAACUGAAUUGUCUUUGCAUCAGCUCUCUCAAUGCACAGCAUUCAUACACCUAAUACUGACACUUGUGUGCUCACGGUGCUUGGAGCAUCAAACGCUGCAGUAUUGCAAACGGCAGGUACCCUUUAAUCUAAAGUCGGGUCCAAAACCUGGUCAAGAUUAAAGUGAGGUAAGGUAGGUUUUGUCUCUUGUGUAAUGUUUGUUUUAAAAAAAAAAAAAAAAAAAAUGUGCUUGGUACAUCAAUUUAAUGUUUUCUCCCUAGUUACUGAUACACCAGUCUCAAAAGGAUUAUCCACCAUAAGUACAUCUCCCACUGGCAAUGUUGUUGCUGGAAGAAGAAGCAAAGUUUUGCUGACUUGCCCGGAAAGGAACGAGCCAUACCAUCUGGUAGGUGCUUGGAGAGUUACAGAUGCUAAAAUGAUCAGGCUAGCAGAGUUCUGAAUCAUGACAAACUGCUCAAUCAUAUUGAGCAUUCUGUGCUAAAGGUUUAAAUCAAUAACAAGCACUCUAAUAUUUAUAUACAGCCUCCAGCACCUAUUGUGGGAUAUGAAGUGACUACAGAAGAUUAUGAUGCUGAGAAGAAAGCUGCUUUACAGAGGUUGCACAGGGCAUUGGAAGGUACAUAAUGAAAAAAAAAAAUUUCUUAUAUAUUUAACCCCUUAAGGACAGAGCCAAGUGUACACGUUGUGAACAAAACAAAAUGUAAACAAAACCUUGCAUUUGCGCUAAAUGUCUGUCCAACCGUAAUUCAUCUCUUUCAUAGUAAAUGCACCCACCCUUAUUAUAUAUCACUUUAUUCAGGGGAACCAGGGCUUUCAUUUAAUAUCAAAUAUUUAGCUAUGAAACAUAAUUUAAUAUGAAAAAAAUGUGAGAAAAUACGAUUUUUUUUAUUUAUUUUUUUUUUUUUUACUUCUACAUGACAUUUUAACAGUCAAUGUCAUAAUACAGUUUGCUUUUACUACAAUAAAAUACACAUUUGUAUUCAGUAACGUCUCACGUGUAAGACAGUACCCCCUAUGUACAGGUUUUAUGGCGUUUUGGGAAGUUACAGGGUCAAAUAUAGCACGUUACAUUUGAAUUUGAAAUUUGCCAGAUUGGUUAUGUUGCCUUUGAGACUUUAUAGUAGCCCAGGAAUGAAAUUUACAUCCAUAAUGGCAUACCAUUUGCAAUAGUAGACAACGCAAGGUAUUGCAAAUGGGGUAUGUCCAGUCUUUUUUUAGUAGCCAUUUGGUCACAAACACUGGCCAAAGUUAGCGUUGGUAUUUGUGUGUGAAAAAUGCAAAAAACGCCAAUUUUGGCCAGUGUUUGUAACUAAGUGGCUACUAAAAAAGACUGGACAUACCCUGUUUGCAAUACCUUGGGUUGUCUACUAUUGAAAAUAGUAUGCCAUCAUAGGGGUAAUUUUCCAUAGGGUCUCAAAGGCAACGUAACCAAUGUGGCGAAUUUUAAUGUGAAAAAAAAUCAAACGCAAGCCUUAUAUUUGACGCUGUAACUUUUGAAAACACCAUAAAACCUGUACAUGAGGGGUACUGUUGUACUCGGGAGACUUCACUGAACACAAAUAUUUGUGUUUCAAAACAGUAAAAAGUAUCGCAGCAAUAAUAUCGUCCGUGUAAGUGCUGUUUGUGCGUGAAAAAUGCUAAAAAGUCACUUUUACUGGCGAUAUCAUCGUAAUACAUUUUACUGUUUUAAAACACUAAUAUUUGUGCUCAGCGAAGUCUCCCGAGUAGAACAGUACCCCCUAUGUACAGGUUUUAUGGUGUCUUGGAAAGUUACAGGGUUAAAUAUAGUGCUAGCAAAUUAAAUUCCCUAUACUUUCGGCAUGGGUUGUCAGGCAGGUCCCGCUAAUUGUAAUUAAGAUACCGAAUUAUGUAAAAAUUACAUAAAAAUAUAUGCAGAAUUAAUAUGUGUAUAUAUAUCUAUAUAAUUUUUUAAAAUAUUUUUAUUUAUAUAUAGGUAUAUAGUGAUAUACAUAUAUAUUUAUGUAUAUAGAUAUAUAUUUCAUUCUACGUGUAUUUUGAUAUAUAUUAAUUUCACAAUACAGUUAGAACGAAAUAACACACCUAUAUAUUUUAUUAAUUAUUUUUAAUUUUAUUUUUUAACGUAUUUACAUAUUUUUUUAUAUUAUAUAUAAAUAUAUAACAAUAAUUAUAUAUAAUUAGUAUCAGUCUAUGUGUAAUUUGAUAAUAUAUAUAAUUAUAUAUUAAUAGUAAAAUACACCUAGACGGUGUCUGUCUGUCUCAUGACCGUCUCAGUAGGAAAAGACCAGAGGGCGUACUAUUACGCCCGGCGGCGUUUAGAGCCGCUUAGAAUAGGGCGUAAUAGUACGCCCUCCGGUCUUAAGGGGUUAAAAAAAAUUGUGUGUGUGUAUAUGUGUGUGUGUGUGUGUGUGUGUAUAUUUAUAAUUUUUUUUUUUUUAAUUCUAGAUCUGGUUCCAACCACUUCAGCACCAUCAAGUAUUGCUUCCUCUGUCUUCACUCUGCCAACUACAGCAUCGUCAACCUUUCAACAAGCAUCUGUUGCUAGUAACAGUUCUCUAAUGCAGAGUCUGGCUAAGAUGCAAGAAAAGGAAAAGUCUCCAGGUGAGACAUCUGGAAGUGUUUACACAUGAGCAUGUAUGGUGUAUAUUGGCAUUUGUUUGAAAGUGGGACAUUCUGAGGAGAGAUGGGUUGGUGUGUUUAUAUUUUUUGCUUUGUUUUUUUUUUUUUGUUUAUUGGCUCUGUCACCAUCUGGGGUCUUUGUAUAUUUUGUGAAGACUGAUGGUAUCAUCCACAAUUGGUGUGCGGGGGCCCAUGGCUGCACCAGAGAUGAGCCAUAUUAAAUCUUCAGUUAUUGCCACUUCAUUAGCAAGGAGCACAUUCCGAUCCAGUAUUCUCGUACAUUCUUGAGUACAACAGUCUAUGGAGGAUCCCAUGACACCACAGCAGUCUCAAUAGAUAUUCUUUUGCAGUGAGUGAGUGCCUUAUUGCCACAGUUCGCAAAGGCUGUGGAAAGUGACAAAAGGUUUUGUGGCUUAAACAUAAGACAAAGUAGUCCCUGCUUUUUUGUCUUUUGACUCCACUGGAAUUUCAUUGAGAUCCAGCAGUCUUUAUGUUCAUUUUGUACAACUUUAUGAAAUAUUUAAAUUAAAUUUUUUUGGGGGUAGUUGAUGACACUCUUAAUCUUGUGAGGGAGUGAUCACUAGCUAAAGCCUAAUGUUACAAAACUGACUAUUUUGGCUUCCUGUUAAGAUAUUUAUAUUUUAUUUUUAUUUUUUUUUCUUAGCGCUUGGAGCAACUGCACAGAGCACAGCUGAAGUGGCUACCACUGUCUCAAAAGUCUCAAAUUUAACCUUUGCUUUUGCGGCCAACUCUAGUUCUUCUGGCCUGCAAUCUGCCAUAUCUAACACAACACCUAAUCUUGUUACUCCUGCGGUCACCUCAAUCAGCACCCCUGUUUUCCCUCAGCCGCUGGGAACAACCCAUAUGAAGCCUCAAUCUCCAAAAAAUGGUCUUCUCCUCCAGAUGCUCAGUAAACCAGAGGAUAAUGCCCAGACAGCUUUUAAACCAAUCUUUGGUGCUCCACCAUCUGAAAACUCAAUUUCAUUGGCUGCUACUCCUGUAUUACCUGUCAGUACAGUAGCUUCAGCCACAUUCAAACCUGUAUUUGGCAAUAAUCUUGAGCAACAGACUCCAGCCUCCGAAACUACAUUCAAACCAAUUUUUGGGGCGAGUGGCACUCAGCCUCCUGCUUCUUCUGCACCAUUUUCAUUCCAGAUGGCAUCCAAAUCGAGUACUUCAACUCCAGCCUUUCCUGGUAUCAGUGUCACUGAUAAUGCACCCAAAACCACACCUGUACUCUCUGCCCACAUUACAACAACCACAAAUUCUAGUACAGGAUCUGCAUUUCAGUUUGGAGCAGCUUCCCAGUGCCCAACUACAUCAAGUGCUGCUGCAGUGCUAGGUAGCAACAGUAAUAAAGUCUCCCAGGCAAAGCCUGCCAUUUCAUUUGGCCAAACUGCUGCUAACGCUCAGAACAGUGGCUUUACUGGUUUUGGCAGUGCAUCAGCUGCAUCAACAACUCAACCUAAACCAUCCACUGCUUUUGGGUCUACCACCUCUGCUUUUACUGCCACGUUUGGUUCAAACAAUUCUUUCCCUGGUAAUAGUGGCACACCUGCCUUUACCAGUGGUGCUGUCAGUGAAGCACCAGCAAGCAAAUCUACAACCACACCUAUCCCCAACUUUGGAUCAGGAACUCCUGCUUUUGGGUCAAGCACGCAGCCUGGCUUUGCCAGUAAUGUGCAGCCAGCAUUUGGGGCUAGUGUUCAACCAACAUUUGGGACUACAAACACGACUUUCAGUUUUGGCAAUUCUGCCCCAGCAGCAACAAAAGCCACUACAUUUGGCAGUAUAAGCAACAGCCAAACCAGUAGCAGCACACCCAGUACAAAUAUGUUUGCAGGUGCAUCUUCUACACCAUUCUCUUUUGGUGUGGCUUCAAACAGUGCAGCGUCUUUUGGUAGUGGGAGUCAAAGUGCAAAUACAGCUGGAAACACUGGCUUUAACUUUGGAGCAGCAUCAACUGCAGCACCUGCUGCAUCAUUUGGUAGUUCAAAUGCAACACAGAACAGCACUGGCACUCCAGCCCAAAACUCUACCUUUGCGUUUGGGACCCCGGGGGCAACAGAGAUCAAGUCCUCUUUUGGUGAGUAUGAAUUUCAUAAUAGUUCUAACUCCUUUUGCCAUUUUUCUUCUGUAAUCUGGAGAGAGGAUGGGCAGAAUGUUUGUUUGUAUAUGUAUCAUUCAAUGGCUCUGCUGCAGGCUCUCUGUUAAUUGCUGGAGUGUGUGCGCUGGGCUUAAUGGUGGCAUGCCAAGGUUGCAAGUCAUUCCACCAUGACUGAGGAAUGCAUCAAUUGUGGUGCUUGUGUUAAAGCAGGAAAUCUGCAGAUAUAAAUCGUAACACAUGGAGUACUUGGAAUAUGACAAAUGGCAAUUGCCUUAAAAAGGAGGGACAUCAUGAUAACUUGUGUUGUGAGGACUGAUAUCUAGUUUACCUGAACUAUUAGAAUGUAGGUAAUUUUGGCGUUCAGGAUUAUUCUUUGUUUGAGAGGUCUGCUCAUUUAAACCCUGCCACCACAUGUAUGCUAGGUAAAGGCUAGAAGGUCAACAAGAUUUCCUGACUGCAUUAGACUUGGUCAAUGCCCAAUCUUCUCACUAAUGCAAGAGUGAUGAGUGGGGGGAGAAGGAUAUGCUGGUUCCCAGCAGAACUCUAAACCUGGGUGGAGCUUCAUGCUCCCUUCUGUUCCUUGUAUAGAAACAUCUUGUGAAUGGAACAGCUAUUGGAUAUGACUAGAUGCCAUAGACCAGAAUGAUACAGAAGGAAAUGGUCACAUGUAAACAACCUUGUCUGUCAUAGCACACCUGUAAAUCCAAGGAGAGAAAAAUAAGUAAACCUAAAUGAGAACAGACAACCACUCCAUUAGCUUGCCCUUCGGUGGGUGCACGCUAAGAUCUCAAGAUGGUUUUAGCUCAACUUGUGCCAUAACAGAACAUAUCUGAAGCAUAUUAGACUGGUUCCAACCGUAUGGGCAGUCCAAAAUGCCAGCAAGUUCACUCUGCACGAGUACCACCUGUAAAUCCAUUCACUACAUAAUAUGCACCAUGAUGAUCACAUUAUUUUAAUCUAUCUUUUUUUUUUUUUCCUCCUCCCAUUUAGGUACAUCCACUCCAGCAUUUGGCCAGACUACCCCUACAGCUGGUUUAACUUUUGGGAGUCCAGCUCCAGGAUUUCCAAAUGCUAGUCCCUCAUUUAGUGAGUAUUAUGUGGCUUUGCAGUUGUAAUAUUUACUCUUCUAGAUAUAUAGAUAUAUCUCUUGUUCAUGUAAUUCAGUUGUUGACUUGCUGAAGGUUCGCCAAGCAGUUGUCUGCUGAAAGGCAUUGUUGCAGUAAUCUAAUAGACAUUAAGCAUGCUAUAAAUUAUAAACAGUCUUUAUCUGCCAAUAGACCCUCCCGUAUCAAGCUCUUGCCUUUAACAUGUAUCCAACAUUAUACAAUUAUUACUCUUAAGGGGUAUCUAAGUACCAGCAUGGUGGCUCUUCUAGGAACACCUAAUAGGCUGACUGCUGUUUAACAUCCUGUAAUUUAAUUUAUGGUUCCUCACAUUCUUUCUCAUCUCUUCAUAGGUCCUGCUACCCCUUCCUUCUCUAUUGGUGCUGGUUCAAAACCUACAGGUGUUCGUCAGCGACUCAUGGCCCGCCGUCAACAUGCUCGGAAGAAAUAGAUGACAUUGCGCUUAUCCUCACCCAUGGUCUUGUUCCUCCCAGUAUUGGCUUGCUCUGUGGACAUAUGCACUAUCUGCCCAUAUAUAAUUAACAAAGGGACUGAUGCAAACCGCCACACAGCAGAACUUGCUGCCCAAUAAGUUUAACAUUUUCAGGCAGGAUUGUGACAUUACCAGGGAGUGUUAUGUGUGGAGUAGAAGAACUUUUUCUACAUACUGCCAAAUUUGACUUUGAGACCUGCCUCCUUUGAGGUAUACCUGGUUUAAUUGUGCAAUUUCAAAUGUUAGAACUUGCAGAUUAUGGCUGGAAAUAAGCCUUGAGAAAGCUGCCCAUGCACUUUCCAAUUGACGGUUUACUGUAAUACCACAAAUUAUACCACAAAAAUAUUCUCAUGUCUUUUUAGACUUCUGUAUCACCCUAUCCUAUUUCUCAGUUUUUCUGCUACUUUUUUAGAGCCAGAAUAGUACAUAUCCAAUUGUUUUUACUGCCACUGUAACUGUGGGAGUUGGAGCAAAUACACCACUGUACACCUUUCCUCAUUCUACAGUGAGAACAUUUAGACGUCUGCAAUGAAUGUUUGUUCCUCUUACUAGACAGGCUCUGCUUUGUCAAAAGUGGGGGAAAGCCCUUUUGCACUUAAUGGUGUGGUGCUUGAUGCAAUUGUUGCUCUCCUUCAUUGUUUUACCUGUCUAUGAACUUUUGUGCAGAGGUAUCUGCAUAAACUUGACUAUGGCAACAAAUAGUAAAAUACUGGGAUCCCAUACAGCUCGAAUAAAAAGCUGCAUAUGACUUUUUUUUUUUUUUUAUUAACUUGUAAAGUUUGUAUUCCCUUACAAACAAAAAAGUCCACAAUCAGCACUACUCUAGACCUCUGUGCAUAGUUCCUAUAAAAUGUUUUUUUUUUUUUGUUUUUUUUUUUGAAGACCGGUUAAACCUGGGAUCUGUUAUCCUAACUUUUUCCAGAGGAGCAAAUUUGUUUUAAGGCGCAAUGAUGAGAGUGAAAUAUGAAUGUCAAGAUGGCACGAGUGAUCUAUGUAACUUGUCAGUUUUAUCUGUGUUGUAAAAAUUGUAUUUGUAAGCUACCUCGAAGAGCAAAACUGAGAUGGAUGAUAAUGAAGCAUGUUGGAACACUUGAGACUGUAUAGCAAAUUAUAUGGUAGAAGUGUUUGGAGUAAAUGAUCAAUUGUGACAAAGUACAGAUCUAAAGAAAGUCUAUUGAGGUGUUUUUUUUAGUUUUUAUUGCCCCCACUAUUUAUGCUGCAGGAGUGAGACUACUACUGAUGGGUUUAGUCACAAACUAGUAAGAUGUGGUUAAGAUGCAACCAAACAUAACUUCUUAGCUACUCUGUACCCUAUUCAGUUUACAGCUUUUGUGUAUAAACCCCCCAAAGUCAAUCGAUGGGUUGCAUGGAUAAUUGGAUUGUGAAUGCCUAUUGGCAUAUGUUGGUAACUUAGCGUAUUGCAGCAUGCGCAGGGAUUCUUAAUGUAAAAUUACGUCCAUAUACUGCCAACUCGCAGCAAUAUGCAUCAACAAAAUGGUUUGGAUGGCUUUAUGUACAUUUAGUGAAUGCGCAUUGUAUUUCUGAAGACUGGCUGAGUUGGUUUGGGAGGUUUUUUGUUUUUUUUGAAAACUUUUUAUAUAUUUUGUCUUGUCUUACGUUUUUUGAUUUUAAAUAAAACAAACAAAUGUA